ACUGGGGCAAGUGAGUAGGGGAUGGUGGGCACCAAGGUGGCAGUGGGCACCAGGAUGGUGGUGGGCAUUGGGUCAGGUGGGGAUGGGACAGCAGUGGGCACUGCGAUGGAAAGGCGCACCGAGAAGGCAAUCGGGGAUGGCAAGUGCAUGAGGGGGUGCCAGAGGCCAGGGACGGGCACAGGAGCGAUGCCAAGGCAGCUACCCAGCGGCAGUCUGGGGACAGAGGUGCAUCAGGGUACCCAGCCCUCCCCAGCGCCCAGCCGGGCUCCAGCUGGGUGCAGGACCCAGUGCCACAAGCUGACCACCACCUCCAUCCCUGCCAAGCUGAAGCACCAGCACCCGGAGUCCUGCUGUUUCCCAAUUUCACCUGAGACCCCCAGGGUGUUCCCAGGCCUCUGGAAGAAGCUGGGCUGGAGCAGUCAAGCCCCAGGCUGAUGCCCCCGAGCGUCCCAUAUCCCACCGCCACAGGGAGAGCAGCCACGCUCCAUCACACCCCAGCGGGCGGCAUGAAUUAUUGAGGCAGGUAGGAGCAUCGCCUUGGCCCCGAGCCACCCCAGUUCUCCACAUCCUCCUCCUUGUGCUGGACCUGAGCCAGCAGGUGGGACAGCUCCAGUUUCUGCCAAGCCACGCCAGGACAAGGAGACCUUUGGAGCAGGGAUGUCACGUGAGCAGGGCGCAGCCCUUAAGGCAGCGCCGGCAGGCGCGCGGGAGGCAGAGCGCGUCCGCAACCAUGACCGUGCCCAUCGCCAAGUCCUUCUACGACCUCAGCGCCAUCUCCUUGCAGGGGGAGAAGGUGGAUUUCAACAACUUUCGGGGCCGUGUGGUCCUCAUCGAGAACGUGGCAUCGCUCUGAGGCACCACCGUGCGGGACUACACCCAGCUCAACCAGCUGCAGGCCCGCUACCCCCGGCGGCUGGUCGUGCUGGGCUUCCCCUGCAACCAGUUCGGCUACCAGGAGAACUGCACCAACGAGGAGAUCCUCAACAGCCUCAAGUACGUGCGCCCAGGGGGUGGCUUCGAGCCCAACUUCACCCUCUUCCAGAAGUGCCAGGUGAACGGGCAGGACACCCACCCUGUCUUCGCCUACCUGAAGGCGCACCUGCCCGCGCCGGUCGACAACGCGGCGCACCUCAUGGCAGAGCCGCGCUUCGUGGUGUGGAGCCCCGUGCAGCGGGCUGACAUCUCCUGGAACUUCGAGAAGUUCCUGGUGGGCCCUGAGGGCGAACCGUUCCGGCGCUACAGCCCCCGCAUGCCCACCGCCCAGCUGGAGCCCGACAUCCAGCGCCUGCUCAAGCUGGCCAAGUAGGGCCAGCCCCAGCACCCCUCUCCCAGGCAGCCACCCCCCCAGGACGGUCUCAGCCCUUUUUCAGGUGACGGCCCCCUCUGAAACCAGCUUCGGGGAGGGAGCCCGAUGGGGCAGAGGGCUGGAGCAGCCGUGUCUGGGGUG